AUGGCGCACGGUUUCCCAGUGGGCUUUGACCCACUGGGCCUAGGAGACCUGAGCUCUGGCUCUCUGAGCUCCCUCUCCUCCCGAGGCCACCUGGGCAGCGACUCCGGCUCCACCGCAACGCGAUACCUGCUAAGGAAGCAGCGGCGGCUGCUGAAUGGGCCCCCCCGCGGAAUCCGAGCCUCAUCGCCCAUGGGCCGUGUCAUCCUCAUCAACUCCCCCAUCGAAGCUAACAGUGAUGAAAGUGACAUCAUCCAUGCAGUCCGGGUGGAGAAGAAUCCAGCAGGGAGGCUGGGUUUCAGCGUGCGCGGUGGCUCGGAGCAUGGCCUGGGUAUCUUUGUCAGCAAAGUGGAGGAGGGGAGCAGUGCAGAGCGGGCUGGCCUAUGCGUGGGGGACAAGAUCACAGAGGUGAAUGGGCUGAGCCUGGAGAGCACCACCAUGGGCAGUGCUGUGAAGGUGCUGACGGGCAGCAGCCGCCUGCACAUGAUGGUGCGGCGCAUGGGCCGUGUGCCGGGCAUCAAGUUCUCCAAAGAGAAGACCACGUGGGUAGAUGUGGUGAAUCGGAGGCUGGUGGUGGAGAAGUGUGGUUCGACGCCAUCUGACAGCAGCUCAGAGGACGGUGUGCGGCGCAUCGUCCACCUGUACACAACCUCUGAUGACUUCUGCCUGGGCUUCAACAUCCGUGGGGGCAAGGAGUUUGGCCUGGGCAUCUAUGUGUCCAAAGUGGACCAUGGUGGGCUGGCUGAGGAGAAUGGCAUCAAGGUGGGCGACCAGGUCCUAGCGGCCAAUGGUGUCAGAUUUGAUGACAUCAGCCACAGCCAGGCAGUGGAAGUGCUGAAGGGCCAAACACACAUCAUGUUGACCAUCAAGGAAACUGGACGUUAUCCUGCCUACAAGGAGAUGGUUUCUGAGUAUUGCUGGUUGGACCGAUUGAGCAACGGGGUGCUGCAGCAGCUGUCCCCAGCCUCUGAGAGCAGCUCCAGUGUCUCCUCGUGUGCCUCCAGUGCCCCCUAUAGCUCAGGCUCCCUGCCCUCGGACCGCAUGGACGUCUGCCUGGGGCCUGAGGAGCCAGGCAGCCAGGGCCCAGGCUGGGGACGGGCGGACACAGCCAUGCAGACGGAGCCUGAUCUGGGGACCCACGUGGAGACCUGGUGCAGUGUGCGGCCCACAGUCAUCCUCAGGGACACAGCCAUACGCUCUGAUGGUCCCCCUAGUGCCCCUCGCCUUGACUCUGCACUCUCUGAGUCCCCCAAGACUGCUUUGUUAUUGGCCCUCAGCCGACCCAGGCCCCCCAUCACACGCUCCCAGAGCCACCUGACCUUGUGGGAGGAGAAGAAGCAGCGGAAGAAGAAGUCAGGGUCCCCUGGGGAGAAGGGUGCCCUGCAACGCUCCAAGACGCUGAUGAACCUCUUCUUCAAGGGAGGGCGGCAGGGGCGGCUAGCAGGAGACGGGCACAGAGAGGCCUGGACACUGGAAAGCGGGAGCCCAGCCAAAGUCCGCCCUCACCUGGACAUGGAGAAAGCCGGGGGCGUGGGGCCCGUGCAGAAGUUUGUCACCUGGAGACUGAGACGUGACCGGGAGAGGGGCCGGACCCUGCUCUCUGCCAGGUCUGGGAGCCCCUCCAGCCAGCUUCCCAACAUGGAUGAACGGGUGCAGGCCUGGGAAAGCCGACGGCCCCUCAUUCAGGACCUGGCCCGACGGCUGCUGACUGACGACGAGGUACUGGCCAUCACCCGCCACUGCUCCCGGUAUGUGCAUGAGGGUGGUGUGGAAGACCUGGUGAGGCCUCUGCUGGCCAUUCUGGACAGGCCUGAGAAGCUGCUACUGCUGAGGGAUAUCAGGAGUGUGGUGGCCCCCACGGACCUGGGCCGCUUUGACAGCAUGGUGAUGCCCGUGGAGCUAGAGGCUUUUGAGGCUCUCAAGAAUAGGGCAGUCCGGCCUCCUGUUUUGCGACCAGCCCGGCAGGACACUCCACCCAAGCGUCACCUCAUCACUCCUGUACCUGACAGCCGUGGAGGCUUCUACCUGCUGCCCGUGAACAACUUCUCAGAGGAAGAAGAUGCUGGAGAGCUAAGGGAGCAGCUGGGGGGCCUCAAGGUUUCCCUGAGUGCCCCUGCACCCUGCCACUCUCAUAAAGGGAUACUCCCUCUCCAAGAUGUGCCAGUAGAUGCCUUUGCCUCCUGCCGAAGCACCAGCACACCCCCUCCCCAACCACCCCCUGUGGCUCCCUGGCCUCUGAAGCCUAACUGGCUGCUGACAGAGCCCUUGAGCCGAGAGGACCUGGGGCAGGGGCAGAGCCAGAGCCAGAGCCAGAGCCGGGCCCAGAGCCACAGCCGCAGCCGUAGCCGCAGCCGCAGCCAGGGUCGAGGCAAGUCUCCUGCACGCAGGCGCUCCCCAUCCCCAGCACCCAUCCCCACUGCCAGCAUGGCCAAUGGGCGAUACCAUAAGCCCCGUAAGGCCAGGCCCGCUCUGCCACGACCUCCUGGUGGCCAGGCAGCCAAGGCAGGGAGCAGACAAGGUCCCUCAGAGAAUGGAACUGGCCAGACAGUAGAGGAGGCAGCCAUGCAGGCCCCCAGUGGAGAGUUGAGGACAGUCACAUUGUCCAAGAUGAAGCAGUCCUUGGGCAUCAGCAUUUCUGGGGGCAUUGAGUCCAAGGUGCAGCCCAUGGUGAAGAUAGAGAAGAUCUUCCCCGGGGGUGCUGCCUUCCUCAGUGGGGCCCUGCAGGCUGGCUUUGAGCUUGUAGCAGUAGAUGGAGAGAGCCUGGAGCAGGUGACCCACCAGCGAGCAGUGGAUACCAUCCGGCGGGCUUAUCGAAACAAGGCUCGGGAGCCCAUGGAGCUUGUGGUCAGGGUCCCCAGGUCCAGCCCACUACCCUCCUCAUCAGUCCUCCCUGAGCAGCAGCUUCCUGCUGAUGGUUCCACUGUCCACCAAGCCCUCAAUGCUACUGUACUUCCAGCCCCCUGGCUCCCAGAACCUCCCACCAAUACCUAGCCCCCUGUCAAGC